UAGUAAUGAACGAGGCGAGAUGCAUGUGCAGACAUGUAGUCGGCCGUUCACAUCGCACCAUUAGUUCAAUUGUGGAGACAUGUAAUCCCUUACCGUAGACAGCCUAACCAACUUCGGAAAUGGCCAACGAAGAUCAAAGAGAUACCAGGUACCUCUCGUCUCUCCCCAAGCAGCCAUCUAACCAGCUCAUGCAGAAAGAGGAAGACAAUGUCCAGUGUGGCAGAGAACACUCAAAAGAGGAUGGGUUCGUGUGAUUCAUUCUCAUUUUUGCCAUCCUUUCACACAAGGCUUGACUGUUCAGUAGAAGCUGUCCUUAUGAUAUGAUGCCCUGUCCUGUGCUGGCUCGCUGGCUCACGAAAAGAAUUGAAGCGCCUUCUGCCUUCUGCUCGCUCAUCGGUCAUUAAUGAAACGAUUGUAGCUCAAAGCACAGUCGUUGCUGCGUCUAGUCAGUACCAAAAGCAAGUUCACCUGCAUUGUUUGUGAUAAUCGAUGAAAUGAACAGUAACUUCUAGUUAGCUGGAUUUCAGCAAGCAUUGCAUCUGCAACGCCCACAGCCAUCUUUUCGUGACCUUUGAUAUCUGCGGUGGGGACGAAGGACAACUGUGUGGUUAAUGAGGGGCAACCAGGGAAAUGCGCCGAAAGAUAAGGCGAAUACCACCCCUGAUCCAUCCAAUAUUCUUUCUACGCAUUAUCACCGGUGAGACAACCAGAAAGAAUAGAGCAAUACUUUCCGCAAUUGCUUCCUUGCUCAACUAAGUCAGUAAGUCAGUGCUACCCUUCCGAAAAUCUAUGCAUGGUAGCAUGAUCGUAAACCCCUCUGAAACCGAAUCAUCAUGGGUCCAAAUGACUUUAUUUUAUUAAGUCUGCCUUUCUACCGUAACACCAAGACCUCAACCGAAGCUUGAUAUUCAGCUCUACUUUCGUCCGCCUUGUUGUGACACAGCCGUAUGUAUCUUAGAUCAGAGCUGCACGGAAGAGAUCAGAGCUGCACGGUGAGCUGGACAGAGUGUUGGGCUCACAAAAUAAAUGAAACCAUCUUGAAGGGAACCUACAGCACUAAAUUACAUCUCAUAGCCGACCUUCACCAUGACAAAUCCAUUGCAAAACAGACGACAGCUCGAAGAGGAAAUGCAGGGACGGCUGAAAGCAAUAAUGAAACAUCCCGGCAACAGGACGUGCUCCGAAUGCCCAGAGCCACGGCCCACCUGGGCUUUCCUUUUGGAGUCGCCCGUCGACGGUGGCGAUAAACUCGGGGCCCUCUGCUGUUACAACUGCUACAGCCAUCAUUUUCGUUUAGGCAAAACAGUCUGUACCGUCAAGAGUGCCAUGAUGGCAGCAGAAUGGACUCAAGAGGAGAUCGAAGUUGUCCAGAAAAGCGGCAACACCAUGGUCAAUGCUAUCUACGAAGCAUUCUUGGAGGAUCCGAUCAAUGAGAAGCAGGACAUGAAGAACUUUGUGGAAAACAAAUACCAGCACCGCCAGUUCUUCAGUGAGCAAGCUUACUACGAUCAAGUCACACUCCCCUGCAUGGGACGAAGAGCCAAGGCCCAGCUGAAGAGAACCUCAUCCUUUCGGAGUACUGCUGAUCAGCAUGAACGAUCUGAGGAAACGCCACCAUCCAUGUUGGACAUGAAGCGGCCAACCUUGCAUCGGUCAAGGUCUACGAAAAUGGGCAAACACGGCAGCAAGAGAGAGUUGGUGCGUACACCAUCCGAAAGUACCCGGCGUAAUUCUCGAAAGACCCCUUGUGUGCUCCAAGCCAUGUCGGAUCAUGCGAGACGAUCUUCACGCAAGCUCCAGACGGAGUUUCCUGAAGAAAGAAGCUUGGACACUCCAUCCGAUCACCAUCGGCGGCCAACAAGAAGGUCCCUGUCGAAAGAUAGGCUCAAGGCCAUGUCCGAUCAUGCAAGGCGGGCAUCUUCCUCCAGGAGCCGAUCUCGAGAGAGGAUCUUGGCAAUGUCUGAGGCAAUCAAGUCGCCUUCAUCUGGACACAGCAGUCGGUCCCAUGAUGACGAAGUGACCCCAAAUCCCAGGAGACGUUCGUCCAGCCGAAGCCGAUCUCGCGAGAGCAUGUUGGCCAUGUCAGAAGCCAUUCACAAGUCCCCUUCCUCAGGAGGAAGCAAGACUUCGUGGCAUAGCGAGGAGCAGCUAGUUCACAAGUCACCCCGCCGAAGCGGGUCUCAAGAACGCAUCAAGGCACUGUCGGACCACCUCGGGGGGGUCAACAUUGGCCAUACUCUGUUUCCUUCGUACCACCCAGAUCACGAGCCAGCAACGAUGCCUCCACGAGGUCGUCGCCCCCAGCUCACGAGGCAUCACUCGGAGCGCCAUGUCGUCGCCCGCACGAGUACCAAUCAUCUGGAGACGACUCCCAUGGGUGAACCACCGAAUCUAAGAAGAGUAAGGACCUGUUCCUGCGACGAAAUUGACUUCUCGAAAGAGCCAAUCUCGAGGAUGGGAAUCCCCCACGACAUGGUGGAACCUCGAUCCGUGCGCACCCUUGCGGUUACACAAGAGGAACUCGACUCGUCUUCGGAGCAAGCUUGUCUGCCGUACAAUCUUCCUGGCUACUUGGGAGGCUCGUUGCAUUCCUCGCAUGGCAACCUCGAUUAUCAGGUCGAUGCCAGUACAUGUAAUAGUAGGGACCAUCAGCAACAAGAGGAUACGGAGUCGAGCUUGGCCGACUAUGUAAAACGUUACGAGCUCUCUCGCCAAGCAAGAAGAUCUCCAGCACCACCCGCCUCGUCUGCAUCCAUGGAGCAUAUUGAGUUUGGGGACGAGUUUGGCCGUGAGGGAGAAUUUCGCGUCCAUCCAGUUUCCUGCGAGGAGAAGAAUGGCUGCGCGGUUCGACUUGCUUUGGAGAGUCUCGAGUCUUCCAUUCAACCUUUGGUGGUUGGACAUGCUGCUUCGAGUACAAAUGACGUAUUGGACGACAAGAGUGUGGACACUGCAUUUUGGAAAAGUAAGAUUUCCGCCCUCAAUGACAAAUGUGACAGUAGUAGUGACUGGAAGCACAGAGGCAGCAGGAGUUUGCACCCAACUGAACCCCCAGCACUUUCUCUGACGGGUUCUUCGCUUCCCGAGCAACUCAGUGCCAACGGACGUGCGGCUUAGCUGAAUACACACAUACUAUAUAUGGGUCGUUCGUUUGACGAGCCCAUGAUUUGAUAAAAGU